AUGCCUGUAGAUAUAAUUGAGAGUCCAUAUAUAAUAAAUAUUAAAGAGGACCGAUCAACACUUAAAGAUGGUGUUUAUAUUCAUCUUGAAACACAAAUUCGUUGUCAAUUACGUGUUUUUUGGUUUGUAAAUAUUCAAAAUUUUUAUUCUGAAUUAGAUUCAAUAGAUUUUCGAUUAUCACUAAUUGAAAAUCGAUUUUUAAAAAAUCAUUGUGCACAUCAAGAAAUAUUUAGUUUUCAAACUCCAGGUGAUUAUAUUCAACAUGUUAAAUUUUCAGAUGCUGAGAAUUAUCUAACACAAAAUAAUGAAACACGUCGUGAAUAUCCUUUAGUUAUUGUUGUUCAUAGUUUAAUUGAUGAAAAUUCACAAGAAUUUUUUCAAUUGCCAAUACAAGUAGUUACUUUACAUGUAAAAUCAUCGAUACCAACGGAUCUUCCGACGAAACUUAUAAUGCGAAUUUCUAAAUUAGCUAAUGGAAAAACACUUGUUAUAAAAGAUAUAUAUGCACCAGGUGCUUUUGUCUCGAUAGAUUUAUGUGCUGUUUGUCUAACUGAACGCGUUAAUCAUGUUUUAUUACCAUGUAAACAUGCGUGCAUAUGUCAAAAUUGUUUUUCUCUUGUUGAUAAAUGUCCUAUAUGUCAAACAUUUGUUAUAUCUUAUUUUCAAAUAUAA